UCUCAGAUUUUCAGAGCAACGACAAAGGCAAAAUGAUAUUCUCAACUGUCACACUUGUGCUGCUCGUGUCAUGCUGUGGCGCGGCGUUAGGUAGCUGGAUACCAUACGGGAACUCGUAUUCGCCAGUACAAGGUGCAGGCAACGGCGGCUAUUGGAACUCGUAUGUGCCGCAAUAUGGGAACUAUGGGCAGCAAAAAUAUCCGGGUUAUCCAGGUUCUUAUUGGCCUGGAGCAUGGGGUGGCUGGCAAGGGGAUAACGUCGGCUCGCAAAAGAAUUCCGUGGACGGCACAGGCAAUUACGUGGGCUGGCAAAAGAAUUAUGUGAAUUAAGUAUAGAUGAAAUUGAACGAAAUAAAGAUCAAUACA